AUGGAAUACAGCGACAAAUUAAGUCGAGAGCCAAAAAUUGCCAACUUAGGCGGUCGCGAACGAGCAAAAAGUUGGGCAUCAACUACUUCAACUGAUGUUUCCAGCCGAAAUGGUCGUCAGAGUGAGAUGAGUGGUGCUUCGGAUACAGGCGCAAUUUCUGAUGAUGGUUGUGUCACACCGCCGCUGCGCAUUGUGGAAGAAACUGCAGCUGAGAUAGCGAGCUCACGUGAAAAUAGAAAAGCGAACGAUAAAUCGAGACAAACCCGACUAGAAAAAGAGUCGGAUUCAUGGAUUCGAUAUCUCAUCAAGGAGGUUAGUUUUUAGAA